CAAGCUUUAGUUUUCGGCAGAUACUAUACGAUACUAUCUAUCAGCUGGCGCAGUGGGUCAUCAAGAGCUCACAAGACCUCCAAAUGAAUAUUUUGAGCGUAUUUCAGCGUACCUUGACUUCCUGAACAGAGAACCCGUAGACGAGUUGCCUUUAAGUUUUCAUUGUAGCAUCCAAGAGACACUCAACUACAGCUUUGAUCUUUAUAAGACAUCCAAGGAAAAGUCAUGGCGACAAUGACAACAACUACCACGACCUCGCAGCCAACAGCUGAACCCAAUCAUGAAGACACCACCACAGCCCUCCUAGCAAAUCUUGAAAAACAUCACACCAAACCACUCUGGGCUCAGAUGAACAGACUCAACCCACCUCGUCCAAAUCCUACAGCCAUCCCACACGUUUGGAAAUACGAAAACAUUCGCCCGCAUCUUCUGCGUGCAGGAGAGUUGAUUACCGAAAAGCAAGCCGAGAGGCGGGUUGCAAUGCUGGUAAACCCAGCUCGAGAGCCUCCAUUCACAACCGAUACCCUUUAUGCUGGCCUGCAGUUGGUCAUGCCAAACGAGACCGCACCGGCACAUCGUCACACAGCCUUCGCCAUGCGCUUCAUCAUCGAGGGAAAUGGUGGCUUCACAGCCGUCCAUGGGCGACGUAUCAAGAUGAAUCGCGGUGAUGUUAUUCUGACUCCGACAUGGAAUUGGCAUGACCAUGGGAAAGAUGGUUCGGGGCCCAUGAUUUGGCUUGAUGGUCUGGAUUUGCCGAAUUUCGUUCAUUAUCCGGUCCAUUUCGUUGAACAUUAUGAAGCUCCCAGAUACCCGGCUGAGGAUGUUGAUACCUCUGCUUCCCCGAUCGUGUUUCCAUGGUCCAAGAUGAAGGCAGCGUUGGAUGCAGCAGGAGGAGAUUGGGUAGUGAAGCCGUACUUAAAAGCCAACGGAAAAGAUGUGUCUCUCACUCUGGGAGGACUUGCAGAGCGACUAGUUGCCGGGAAGAGCUCGCCUGCAAUUCUCGAGACAGCAUCUUCUGUUUACCAUGUUGUUGAGGGCUCAGGCCAUACCGUGAUUGAUGGUAAAGAGUACAUUUGGAACAGGGGCGACACCUUCUGUAUACCUGCGUGGCAUAGAUAUCAGCACUUUGCUGACCAGAAAGAGGAUGUCUACCUGUAUAGGUUUGAUGAUAAGCCUAUGUUGAAGGCGUUGGGGUUCUAUAGGGUGGAGGGUCAGAGCGAUGAUAGCUUGGUCACCCCGCAAUGAAUGAAGAUACCAUAGGCUAGAACGUCAAUGAUUAGGUAUGAGUAAAACAAAUGGAUAUGCAUCUCGGACUUCCAAG